GGGCUGGUCAACAAGAUGGCGGCAGCCGGGCGCCCGCCGGGUCUGAAGCACCCGCACAUUCGCCCCCUUCCCCGUCUCCCCCCGCCCCCGCUGCUCCCCAUGGCCGAGCGCGGGGGCGAGGAGGACGGCACGUGGGGUCUGCCCCGCCCCCCGUCCCAGCUCCUCGGCGCGGUCCCCCUGGGAUCGACGCCGCCUGGGGACGGGCCCCGCCUCGGGCAGUCGCAGCUCAGUGGCUGCGAGCCGGAGCCGGAGCCGGAGCCGGAGGCGCGGGAGGGGGACUCGGACCUGGGCUCGGAGCCGCAGCCCCAGCCCAUGGAGGAACAUUUUGAUGGGGUACUUGAUGAAGAUACUGUUGCCGAGGCCCUGUACAAAUUGGGGCGUUCAGCCCCUGGUGCCAAGUUUGUUUACCUUAAUCUGUCGCUUUCAGGGUGUAAUUUAAGUGACAUUAGCAUUCUCUCCAGAUACAUUCACCUAGAGAAGUUGGAGCUUUCAUACAAUAAAAUUAAUGAUCUGUCUUGUGUCAGUCACAUGCCUUACUUACUGGAACUUGAUGCUUCCAAUAAUGAACUGACUACAUACUUUGAUUUCAAGCCACCUAAAAAUCUCAAGGAGGUGGAUUUUUCAUACAAUCAAAUAUCUGAAAUGCAAGAUCUGUCCACUUACCAGUCACUUACUAAACUCACACUGGACCAUAAUAAUAUAGAGGAGAUCAAAGGGCUAGAGAAGUGCCAUAGUCUGACUUAUCUUAGCUUGGCACACAACAGGAUCACUACAAUCAGUGGUCUGAAAAACUUACCUAUCAAAAUACUCUGUCUGUGCUCUAACCAGAUUGAGAAGAUAACCGGUUUGGAGGACCUGAAAGUCCUCCAGAACUUGGACUUGUCCAGUAAUAAAAUCAGCAGCUUAGAAGGUUUGGAGGAGCAUGAUCUACUAGAAGUGAUCAACCUAGAAAAUAAUCAGAUUUCUGAACUGGGUGAGCUGGAAUAUCUUGAAGACCUGCCUCUCCUCAGAGUGUUCAAUCUCUUAAGGAACCCAGUACAGGAACAAACAGAAUAUUGGCUCUUAGUGAUUUUCAUGUUGCUCCAACUAACAGAGCUGGAUCACAGGAAGAUUAAAGUGGAAGAAAAGGUUGCUGCUGUGAACAAGUAUGAUCCUCCUCCAGAAGUAGUUGCUGCUAAAGAUCACAUGACCCAUAUUAUGUACAGCAUGAUUCAGCCACAGAGGAUCUUUGACAGCACUUUGCCUAGUCUUGAUGCUCCCUACCCCAUGUUAAUAUUAGUUGGACCCAUGGCCUGUGGAAAACGGGAACUUUCUCACAGAAUCUGCAGACAGUUCAACAAUUUCUUCAGAUACAGCCCCUGUCACACCACGAGGGCAUCUUACUUCGGAGAAGACAACAGACUUGAUUACUACUUCAUUUCUCAGGAGGUGUUUGACAAUAUGUUGAACAUGGGGAAAUUUAUUGCAACCUAUAAAUAUAGCAGCCACUACUAUGGAUUAGGAAGAGAUACUGUAGAAUCCAUUGCCAGAGAGGGACUGGCAAGCUGUGUUCAUCUGGAAAUAGAGGGUGUGCAAAGUUUGAAAAAUACCUACUUUGAACCUCGAUAUAUCCUGUUAGUACCAAUGAACAAAGAAAAAUAUGAGAGACAUCUGCGGAGAAAGGGGCUGUUUAGCAGGCCAGAGAUUGAAACUGCAGUCUCCAGAGUGGACAUGUAUAUCAAAAUAAAUCAGGAUUUUCCAGGAUACUUUGAUGCGGUAAUUAACACGGGCCCUAAAUGGCCUGAGGUCUGGCUGCCUUUUAUCCUGUGCCACACUGCCACCGUUGAGGUCCGCAGGGGCAUAAAGAGAGGAGCUGCUGCAAGGGCCUUCUCUGUGAGGACCCUUCUACUUAGAAACUUGAUCACCUCUUUGGAUGAUUACGAUGAGGCAUACACCCAGCUGAGUCUCCUCAUAAAGGAAUACCUAGGUAUAGUACAGCCUUCAGAUUUGGACAGCAGUCGCAUCUUGGACAACAAAGCAGUCACAGAUUCCAACUCACUGUCUUUUGGAGAUCACAAAGCUUUAACCAGUGGAGGGACCGUUAGAAUUGCCCAGUCUUCUGACAUCAAUGAAUUUUCGGACUCUUCAGCCAGAAACUACUCUGUUAGAAUCUCAGCCAAACUUGCCACACAAAAAACGCCAGUGGAAAAAGCAUCUCUGCAGAGGCGGCAACAUGCAGCCCGUCAGGCGCUGUUGGGGAAGGCUCCUAGUGCGUAUGCCCAACUUUUUCAAAGACAUCUUGCAAGUACCCCAGCAGCGAUCAGCCCACAUGGAUUACUGGAGCCAACAUCAUAUAUCUCUAUGCUCCCAAGUGGAAGUAAUGUCACCCAAGACCGGAGUCUGCCCCCUGCUAGCCCAGACACCAGCUCCAGAGAAUCACAUGCCACUACUGGGUUAUCUAUAAUGUCCUCGGCUGGUGCAUUUUCUACAGAAAGCUUGUCUGCUCGGAGCCCAGUUCCCAAUGCUCCAUACUCCAAAGAGGCCAAUGCAGAAUGUGAGGACGCUGGAGGAGUCAGCAAUGGAAUGGAAAGUUUGAAAGACGCUAAACUUUCUAGUGACAUGCUUGAAAAAAAACCCAGCAAAUCCAAGUCCAGCUCUCCUCGUGUGCCCCAGCUUGCAAACCGACCAGGCUCAAACUCCAAACCCGUCCUACCUCCAAUCCCAUCAGGGCGGAAAAAGACAAACCCUUGAUGGUCGACAUCAGCUGAGGCAUUGCCUUGAUCAUGCCCAUUUCCUCUGUCUAACUUGAAUACCGGUUUUGAUAUAAUUUCCCCCACACACACAAAGAAAAGUCUAUCCAAGAAUAUUAUCUUUCUGAAUCCAUCUCUGAUUAAUUCUGAAUCACUCUUCUCUUUAAAAAAAGUUAUUUAUUUAUUUCUUUAUUUAUCCCAGAGCUAGGAAUGAUUUCCCCAGAUGCUCCCCUAGUUGGAAGUGUCAUUGAAUUUCCCCCGAGAUCCAUGUGAUCAGAUCUUCCAGAGAUAUUUUUUCUAUUUCACUGACUUAAUUGAGGUGUGGAACCUUGAAGGCCUCUGAUGAUGAUGUUGCUUGUAGUACAAGGCUGCUGAAUUAGUUUUUGCUAAGAGGGAUUUAAUAUGAUACUUAGAUUUAAGUGAGGAAGGGAAACUACUUAAUUCCAAGACAACCUUUUAUAGAAGCUAUAUCUUUAGAAAUGACAAGUUAUUUUUAAUAUACAUGUAUAUUUAAACAAACAACCCACAAAGUAAUCAUCAGAAAAAAUCCUUAAUUAAUUUGAUUUUGCUAGUUUUAUUUUCUGAUUAUGCUGAGAUCUGUUUUUGCCAUAUAUGAUAGAAAUGGCAUCUCAAUAUUAAAUAAAACUCAUACCUUA